AUGCAGUUGUUUCUAUAUGUCGUCGUGUUCCUCCUGUCCUUUCGACCGCAGGGGACUCGUGCCGCCCUUCGUUCAUACAGUCUCACGCUACAUGCUGGCACUAGAGCUCCAGAUGGGGUGUCCCGUGAAGUCUAUCUCAUCAACGAUCAACAGCCUGGUCCAUUGAUUGAGGCUGAGGAGGGAGACGACUUGGAGAUCUUCGUGCAAAAUAAUCUGCCGGUCGAACAAACAAUCCAUUGGCAUGGCCUUCUUCAACAUGGUACACCAGACAUGGACGGUGUUCCCGGUGUCACUCAGUUUCCGAUUCCGCCCCAAGGGAACUUCACUUAUCGGUUCUCGACAGGGUCAGAAUACGGCUUCUACUGGUAUCACUCUCAUUUUCGAGCGUAUUACAACGAUGCCGUACGCGGGCCACUUCUCAUACAUCCCUCACCGUCGCGUCGCCGUCCAUUCGAGAGCCUUGCUCGAGAUAGCACAGAAUUAGACGCGAUGCGACAAGCCGAACGAGCUGCUACGCCGCUUCUGUUGACUGACUGGUAUCAUCGACUCUCGGAUGAUAUCUAUGAUGAAUACUUUACCACCGGCGCAUUCCCUCAGUGUGUUGACAGCCUUCUGGCCAAUGGGUAUGGCAGAAUACAAUGUUUGCCUGAAAGUAUUCUUCACGCCGGUCCGGGAUUGGGAUUAGAGUCCAUCAUCGCGAACGAUCCGCAUGAUCCUUUGAGCAUGCCUGGCAUGUCGAUGGACACAAUGUCAUCGUCUUCCAUGUCAUCGUCCUCUAUGUCGAUAGACUCAAUGUCGAUGGACUCCAUGUCAAUGGAUAUGUCCAUGAGCAUGCACAAACGGUCUGAUCAUGCAACAAUGAUGGCAGCAGACUCUACAACCUCUGGUAUGAACAUGCCGUCCGCAACCAGCACGUCCACGUCACCGAUGGCUUCCAUGUCAGGCAUGGCAGACAUGUCCAAUCUUGGUCCCAAAGGUUGCAGUAUGCAAAUGAUGUUCAAACCAGGGUUUAACGCAAGUUCUCUCCCACCAGAGACAUGCAGCAACACCACGUCAGAGCUGUUCAUGUUCAACGCCGAUGCUUCUCAGGGCUGGGUAGCUUUUCAUCUGGUUAACGCAGCUGCCGUGAGCAGGCUGAGCGUCUCACUUGACGGUCACUCCAUGCUCGUCUACGCUGCAGACGGGCUCUAUGUGGAGCCGCAAGAGGUCAAGGUUUUACACAUCUCGAUCGGUCAACGGUAUUCAGUGAUGGUGAGACUCGAUCAGACGCCGGGAAACUACUACCUGCGUUUUGCUUCAUAUCCAUACGGCGAUAUGCAGCAAGUUAUCGAAGAUCAAGCAAUCCUGUCAUACCAGGUCAGGCGUGAAGCUCUAGCUCUUGAUAGCAAUCUUGCUAACUCAUUUCAGACUAACGGUACCAGUAUGACCAAUAUGGACAUAAUGGAUGAUUCUACCUUGACCUGGAUGCUCGUGAACGGGUCAGCCAAACUUACCGCUCCCGAGUUGGACGACCAGAUGCUUGCACCCUUUGACGGGAAUGCGCCCCCAAGCGGGCCAUCAGAUACAACAGAACUGUUCGCCAUUAAUCAGACCGAUAUUGUAACCUGGGUGGUUAAUGGCCAACCAUUUUCGGAACCACAAAGUCCUAUAAUAUACGGGAAUGUCUCCGAUGGCUGGAAUGCUGCCACAACUCUCCACAUGCCUGGCAACUCGACAAUUGAUCUUAUCAUGUAUGUCGCGAACGACUCGAUGGAUACGAUGGGGCAUCCCAUGCACCUCCAUGGUCACAAAUUCUGGUUUCUGGGGUCGGGUGAAGGCGUGUUUCCAUAUCAGUCUGUGACGGACGCACCUUCAUCCAUGAUAAACUUACGCAAUCCUCCUUAUCGAGAUACCAUAGAUUUGCCGCCGUCAGGGUGGGCCGUUAUCAGAUAUGUUACCGACAACCCAGGAACGUGGUUGUUCCAUUGCCAUGUGCAGUGGCAUCAAGUGAGCGGAAUGGGAGUGGUACUCGUCGAAGAUGAGGAGCGAAUGCGAAGUAUGGUGGGGUCGAUCGAGGACGCCGCCAACAAUCCAAACACAGCUGCGUUGGCAACAUCUUUGGCCAGAUCUACAGUGAUUCCCACUUCCUCAUAUUCAGCUGCCUUGUGCGCAGCAGUAUUGAGCCUUCUAUUUCAUUAA